AUGUCCGAUGAUGAUGCUGAAACGGCUGCCGAAGAGGUUGUGCUAAAGGUAGUCGUCUGUGGUGAUGGCUCAUCGGGAAAAACCAGUGUUUGCCAGCGAUUCGUUAAAGACACGUUUGAGAGAUCAUAUCAUCAGACCCUCGGGUUAGACUUCUUUUCGAAACGAAUCUCAUUGCCUGGGGAUGUGCAGGUCCUUAUGCAGGUAUGGGACAUUGGUGGUCAAAGUAUUGCCGGUGAGAUGAUCGACAAGUACAUUUAUGGCUCACAUGCUGCCCUAAUUGUCUACGACGUCACUAAUAUGAACUCGUUUGAUAAUUGCCAGGAUUGGUUGAAUGUGAUUCGACGGGUUACGAAAAGUCAAGAGAAAGUACAGUGCAUGCCUCCUUUCUUAAUUAAUAUGCGUAUAUUCUCCUAA